AUGGCCGAUAGUAAUCCCACCAAGGAGAGUACCUCCUCAGCCCCGCUGCACCUGCUCAAGGACAAGUGGUUUGUUUUCUACAUCCCUGCCUCGAAGGGCAACGAGUACGAGCAUGAGACGAAGGAACUCGGCUACGUCUCCACCGUUGAGGAAGUGUACAGCACCAUCAACACGCUGCCACCCAUCACACUGCUGCCGAACGACGACAACCUCGUCUUCUCGCGUAACAAAAUUGAGCCGCAGUUUGAGAGCUUCCCGGGUGGCAUGCGCUUCUCCAUCUUCUGCAAGACCAAGACGCAGUGCCGCGAGGCACUGACGUACGUUGUCGCGGUCGUGCUUGGGGAGGCUAUUAGUCGUGACGCCUGCAAAGGUGAGUGCCUGUGCGACAUUGUGCGCAUUGGCCACAAGGGCAGUGCCAUGUACAAGGAGUCCGUGCGCAUUGAGGUGUGGGCGCACCAAAGUCCGUACAAUGCGGCGAUGGAGAAGUACCUCGUGUCUACCCUCUCCACCAUCCCCGGCAUCACGGUGAGCGCUCGCCCCUUCAAGUAG